AAGAAGACGAAGAGGAAAGAAAGUUUAACCCGGAAGUGAGAGCACAAGAAGCGGCGGCAAGUUGACAGGCUCUUCGCAGAGAUGCAGAGCGCAGGAGGCAGCGCUGCUCAGCCUCAUCCUCUGUUUGGAGGAGCGCUGUCAGCCGUCGUCCCCCACAGCGCCACGGACGUCAGCGAACUGAGGGAAAUCCCGGACAACCAGGAGGUGUUUGUCCACGCCCACACCGACCAGAGCCUGAUCGUGGAGCUGGUGGAGUACCAGGCUCAGGUGGCGGACCAGGACGCAGCCAGGUACCACUUUGAGGACAUCGCAGGCAGCAACAAAGCUUUGGAGCCCGGUGCUUUUGAAGUGACCACUGUUGUGGCUCUGCCCAAACCCGAGUUGUCCCUGUCAGAGUGCAGCUCUGCCUGGAUGCUGACCGGGACACAGUGUGUGUCCAAGUUUAACGAAGAGGCCAGGAACACAGUGACCCUCCACCUGGGUCUGCUCCGUCUGCCGCAGUUCUCCACAGAUGUCCUGAUCACCUUCAAUGACCCGCAGAGCAUCAGCCCAGACAGCAGCAGUGCUUCUGCAACGGGGACACACAAACAGCCAUGGACGGUGCAGGACUUCCAGCGAUUGUUACAGACACUGACUCUGCACAACCCGGGGCUGUUUGGGUAGAAUGGGACCUCACCUGAUUAUAGCUCAUCUUUUUCUAUGAUACAUACACAUUAAAAUGUAAUAAGACACGUGGUUCCCUGAGAAGAAUCUGGCCCUUUUGCUUUGAGAGAACAAUCCUACUGCCGCACCGACACACAGGAACUCAUAUUCUGCAUCGUUCUUUCAAUUAAAAUGACUUAGAAACCAAAUAUCCUGUGAUAUGAUCAUAACUUUAUUUAGAGCUGAUGUCUGAAUGUCUGUUGCAACCUUUUACACUGAUAUUGCAAUUUCAUUUUCAAUAUACUUUUUAAAGUCAAGCUUCAGUUCAGAUUUUUGUUUUCUAAAUGAAUGAGCUUUACAUACAUGAAAAAAAUCAAAAUGUGACUAUCACAACAUUAAUCCAUGAAACUAUUGACACGAGUUUCAACUGUGGGUCGGACAUGCUGCAUCACAUAUAUCUUUAAGUUCAGCCUUUGCAAUUUGCUAAAUGCAUUUGGCUUUGAAAUCGAUUGUUCAGCCCUAGUUCUAACAUCAUAAAUGUUUUGAAGAAGAC